AUGGCUCUCUCUCCGAAAGUUUAUACGUGGCUAUGUGGGCUGUUUGCUAGUUUGGGUAGUAUCAUCUUUGGAUAUGAUCUUGGUGUCAUAGCCGGAGUCCUCUCCGCGACCGACUUCAUCGAUACUAUGGGUUCCCGCUUCAAUAAUCCCAAUCUAGAAGGAUUGAUUACUAGUAUACUCCGUAGCUUCGCUGGUAUGUUCCCAGUCGCCCACUUUGCAGAUACUUUGGGCCGUCGUAAAACAAUUCAAAUCGGAGCUUUGGUCUACAUGCUCGGAGGAGCUUUGCAGACCGGCGCACGAAAUUUGGACAUGAUAUAUGCUGGUCGUUUCUUCGCGGGCUUUGGGAUUGGAAUAAUGGCAGACUUGGCCCCUCUGUAUCAGGCUGAGAUUGCUCAUCCUAGUAUACGCGGUCGCCUUACCACUCUGCAACAAGUGCCCUUUGCUGCUUCCUGGAUUACAUAUGGUACGUCCGCAGGAUUGAAGGGCACACAAGCAGAAUGGAGAGUACCUCUUGGCAUCCAGAUCAUCCCAGCUAUACCUCUUUUCGCCUUCAUUCUGCUCCUUCCUGAGUCGCCCCGAUGGCUUGCAGAAAAAGGACGCCUUGACGAAGCCGCAAGGACUCUUGCCAAACUUCAUGCACACGGAAACGUCAACGAUCCAUUUGUAGUUUCGCAGAUGGAAGAUAUCAAGGCCGAAAUCCAAAGAGCAAGAGAAAUUGGAUCUGCAAGCUGGGGCGAGCUUUUCACUGAUCCUAGCAAUUUCCGCCGUGUUUCCCUUGGAUACAUUCUGCAAUUUUCCGUUCAGAUGACCGGUGUCAGCGCUAUCCAGUACUACUCUACCACAAUAUUCACGACGAUGGGUUUCUCAGCAACCCGGGUGCUUUUGUUCCAAUCCAUCAACAGUGUUAUUGCGCUCAUUGGCGAGGCGUGCUGUGUGCUGUGGGUUGACAACACCGGCCGAAGAAUGCCUCUUAUCGUUGGAAAUGUCGCGUCCGGAUUGUCGUUUGUCGUCGGCUCAAUUCUCAUGGCUCGAUGGCCGGGAACUGUGAAUAACACAUGGGUAUUCAAUUUCUUCUUCAGCGCAUGUAUUGGCCCUCUAUCGUGGGCUUACCCAGCUGAGAUCUACUCUACAAGGACAAGAGCAAAGGCAACAGCGGUGACGAGUUCCGCCUCAUGGAUCUCCAACUUCUUCAUCGCUCAGGUUACCCCUGUUGCUUUCUCCCAUAUCGGAUGGAAAUAUUAUCUUGUCUUUGCAAUUUGCGGCCACACCAAUGCUCUCUUUGUUUGGGCAUUUUAUCCGGAAACCACUGGUCGCAGAUUGGAAGAAAUGGACGCUCUUUUCCAAGACGCACCUCUCUUCGUUGCAAAUACACCAUACGCCAACAAACAGGAUCGUUUUCUCGCCGAAAAGGAGCUCCGUGAAGGAACCUUCGUACCCGGCGAUAUUUCUGAAAGGGCCGGAUACGCCAUCGACGAAGAAAAGGUUUCCGAUGAACAUCAUGAUCAUAUGAACUGA